CGCACCCGCACGAAUCGCGAGCCGAGCCAGCAACCCCGCCGCGAUCCGGAAUCCUCUAGUCCUCGCUCUCCUCACCUCUCUCUCUCUCCGAGCGCCACCGAGGCCCGCCAUCCCCGGCUCAGAUCCGACGAGAGGGCGGCGGCGGCGAGAUGACGGGGGGCGCGGCGGCGUCGCAGGCGUACGGGGAGGCGUGGUACUGGGACGAGCGCUACCGCAAGGAGGCCGGGCCCUUCGACUGGUACCAGAAGUACCCGGCCCUCGCGCCGCUGCUCCGCCUCUACCUCGCGCCGCACCACCGCCUCCUCCUCGUCGGGUGCGGCAACUCCGUCUUUGGUGAAAAUAUGGUUGAUGAUGGCUAUCAAGAUGUUGUCAACAUCGAUAUAUCUUCAGUGGUUAUUGAGCAAAUGAAGAAGAAAUAUCAUGAUAUGCCUCGACUUAAAUACAUGAAGAUGGAUGUAAAGGACAUGUCAGAUUUUGAGUCCGGUUCAUUUGAUGCUGUUAUUGACAAAGGAACCCUAGAUUCUAUUAUGUGCGGCCAAAAUUCACAAGAGAAUGCAACGAAAAUGCUAGAGGAGGUCAACAGAAUCCUCAAGGAAAAGGGCGUCUACAUGCUGAUCACUUAUGGGGAUCCAAGUUACCGAUUGCGUCUCCUGAAGGACAUGGAAAAUUGGACAAUAAAGCUCCAUGUCAUAGAAAGAUGGGAGAAAAGUUCGAAUCAGAAUAAAUGGGAACUGACAAAACCAUUGCCCUUAGACGAUGAUAGCACAUCGUUAGUUGCGCUUCUCGGUCCGAAACCUGAUGUUCACUACAUCUAUGUCUGUGUAAAGGGCAACGAUGCUGCAAGGGCGGAUACUAAAGCUGGAGAAGCUGCCAACUGAUUUCACCAAUAACCCUCCAAACCGGCGUGCAUAACUAGUGUAGCGAAUAAUGUAGAACAGGUGUUGUACUACCUCUAAUUGCUGUUGCUUGCUGAGAACCCACUUCACGUUCAGUGAAGUUGUAGAUUAGCUUUACCAGAUGUUUCAUUGCUCCUGUUGUAGUGUUUUUUUUUUAGCAUCGCUCCUGUUGUAGUGUUGUGCACCCAUCGAAUCCCUUCCGGGAACAGAUGCGGCGAUUUCCUUGCUGUCAACUGUGUGGGUAGUCUCUGCUGCUCACCUUGGAAAUGGAAUAUUUCCCGGCUGUAUCGCCUAUGCUAUCUCUAUGGGCGGAAUCCCUGCAAGUUUACAGUCUACUGUAUGAAUUUUUUUAUAGAAGAAUUAAGAGCCUGUUCGAAUA